AUGGCGGACAAGGAAGCGACGGUGUACAUCGUCGACCUGGGCGAAUCCAUGGCCGACUGCCACAACGGUCGCGAUGAAUCGGAUUUGGAUUUCGGCAUGCGCUAUGUAUGGGACAAAAUCUCGACGACGGUCGCAGCCAGCCGCAAGACUUGGACCGUCGGCGUAGUGGGUCUCAAUACAGAAGACACCGACAAUGCACAGGAUACCGAAGGCCUUGGGGGCUACGAACAUAUCUCGGUGCUUCAGAACCUCGGACCGAUGACCAUGACUUCAUUGAGAGAACUGCGCUCGUCGGUGCAAGCAUCAAACAACUACGGCGGUGAUGCCAUCUCAGCAAUCGUGGUCGCCUUGAAGAUGAUCGAAGUGUUUACAAAGAAGCUCAAGUACAAGCGGAGGAUUAUUCUGAUGACUAACGGCGAGACGCCAAUUGAAGAGGACUCUGCGGAGGAUGUUGCAGCUAAGCUGAACGACUUGGGCAUUGAGCUUGUAGUGAUUGGUGUUGAUUUCGAUGACUCGGACUACGGGUUUAAGGAGGAAGACAAAUCCAGGGUCAAGGCGGCAAACGAGAAAAUCCUGCGCAAGAUGGUUGAGAGCUGCACCGAUGGCGUGUUCGGUACGAUGCAACAAGCGGUUGAAGAGCUCGCAAUUCCACGUAUCAAGCCUGUGAGGCCCUUCAAGGCGUACGACGGGCCGCUUACGCUUGGAGAUCCGUCCAAGUACGAAAGCGCGCUGAGCAUCCACGUUGAGCGCUACUUCAAAACUAAGCGUGCUACGGCCCCAUCAGCAAGUACUGUGGUGAUCAACACGGAUCACGGGGGCGCUUCCCAGACUCAAACCCUUGACGAGGACACGGCAAUGGAUGGUGCCGAGUUUUCCGGUGUCAAGCACAUGCGUACCUACCGGGUCCAAGACGACGAAGCUCCGGGUGGGAAGCGGGAUGUUGAUAUCGAGGAUCUUGCCAAGGGGUACCAGUACGGCCGGACCGUGGUCCCUUUUAGCGAAAGUGAUAUGAACGUCACCAAACUCGCCACGACCAAAUCUUUCACUAUUCUUGGGUUCAUCCCAUUUAAUAACUAUAACCCAUCCAUCAACAUGGGCGAGACGGGCAUUAUCGUCGCCCAAAAACUCAACGAGGAGGCGGAACUGGGGCUUUCCGCUCUUAUCCACGCCCUUCAUGAACUCGAGUCCUACGCCGUGGCCAGAUAUGUCCAAAAAGACGGCACACAGCCACAACUACUCCUCCUCAAGCCAAACCCGGCUAUCGAGGACGACUUUGAGUGUUUGUACGAUGUACCACUCCCCUUCGCCGAAGACGUUCGCAGCUACCAGUUCCCGCCACUCGACAAAGUCCUUACUGUCACCGGCAAUGUCAUCAAGGAGCAUCGGCUGCUACCGUCAGAUGACCUCAAGGAAGCGAUGAGCGAUUUCGUUGAUGCCAUGGACCUGUCUGGGUACGAUGUCGACGAAGACGGAAAACCCGUCGAGUACGCGCCCAUAGACGAGACGUACAACCCCAUCAUUCACCGCAUGAACCAGGCCAUUCGUGCCCGAGCCGUGGAUCCAGACGCCCCGAUCGGGCCGCCCGCUGAAAUCCUGCUUCGCUUCUCUCACCCACCAGAGAAGUUACUAGACAAGGCAAAGUCAGAAAUCGAUGCCCUGAUCGAUGCGGCAGAAGUCAAGAAAGUCCCUCCGAAAGCUCAAGGCAGGCAAGGGCGCAAAGAAGCUGUCAAGCCACUCUCCGGUCUCGACAUCGAUGCGCUCCUGGGCGAGAGCAAGCGCACCACCAUUUCCACCGAGAACGCGGUGCCCGAGUUCAAGCAGAUUCUCGCCACCGCCGAAGACGACGCCACCAUCGAGAGCGCAGCCAAGCAAAUGGGCGAGAUCGUCCGCAAGCUCAUCCACGACAGCUUCGCCGACCUGUUCUAUGCCCGGGCUGCUGAGAAUCUCCGCGUCAUGCGCGAGGAGCUUAUUAGUCUGGAAGUGCCGGGGCUGUACAAUAAGUUCUUGACUGGGCUGAAGAAGAGUACCCUAAGUGGUGAGCUGGAUGGGGACCGGAGAGAAAUGUGGUUUAAGCAUAUCGUCGGUGGGCGUCUGGGUCUCAUUUCGCAGGACGAGUCGGAGGUGUCGGAAGUGACGACUGACGAGGCUAAAGCUGUAAGUCCACACAUUUUACCCUGA